AAAGAUAAAAAAGAAAAUUGGGAAUAAUACUUUUGAACGGUUUAUCAAAGGCCACGAGCAGUUCUUCACGCAGUGUUGCAAUAUCCCCGUCUGGUCUUUCAAAUGCUUAAUCUUCAGCACUCAAUUUCUCCUCCGGCAAUUGCAUCCUCUUCCUUUCAUAGCAAUAAGCAGCAAAAAUCAGUCUCUUUCUGUAGAUUCAGAAUAUGGGAGAGUGAUGAACUGAAGAAAAGCAGACGAAUUGGUGGCUUUAAUUUUGUGAAUGCAGUGGAGAAAGACUCGGAGUUCGAGGUUGAUCCAGAUAAGGCCCGUGAAGCAUUGCGAAAGCUUGAUGAACAGAUGCAGUCUCUUUCCAAAAAACAAGUCGAUCCUCCCAAAAUUAGAGCUUCGAGCCUUGGUCGUCCAAGUCGUGAAAUGAAAGAAGAAACCACAGAUUUCUCUGGAUCCUUUUUAGCCUACUUAGCUUUUGGUCUUCUUGUUUUUACUAUAAUCUAUAAUGUAAUAUUUCUUACAGUUAUAAAACCAUCAGUAGACGUACCAGAGCCAGUUCUAGAAACAAGAAUGACGAAUGAAGCCGAAGAACCUGAGUUGCCCGGUUUCCUAGGAGUUUUCUAACACCUAAUAAAUUUUUACAAGCAUUUUCUUGACUCUAUUAUUUAUACAAGUUGCUGUUAGUUUUCUCUUUACUAUUUUAAAAAUGCAUGCCAGAGUGACUUAAUUAUUGAGUAUAUGUUUGUUAUAUUUAUUUUGGGAUUUUAA